CAAAAACCCCUCUCCAGGCGUAAGUGUGCAGCCUGCAAGAUCGUAGUGCAUACGCCCUGCAUCGAACAGCUGGAGAAAAUAAAUUUCCGCUGCAAACCUUCCUUCAGGGAGUCAGGAUCCCGGAACGUACGGGAGCCCAUAGUUGUCCGGCAUCACUGGGUACACCGGAGGCGGCAGGAAGGGAAGUGCCGGCAGUGUGGCAAGGGUUUCCAGCAGAAGUUUGCCUUCCACAGUAAAGAGAUUGUAGCCAUCAGCUGUUCAUGGUGCAAGCAAGCGUAUCACAGCAAAGUGUCGUGUUUCAUGCUGCAACACAUCGAGGAGCCCUGUUCACUGGGGGCUCACGCUGCUGUUGUUGUUCCUCCCACCUGGAUUCUGCGGGUCCGACGGCCCCAGAAUCCACUAAAAUCUAGUAAGAAGAAGAAGAGGACAUCGUUCAAACGGAAAUCCAGCAAAAAGGGGGCCGAGGAAGGGAGGUGGAAACCCUUUGUCAUCAAGCCCAUGCCGGCUCCUCUCAUGAAACCCUUGCUGGUGUUUGUGAACCCCAAGAGUGGUGGGAAUCAGGGAGCCAAGAUCAUCCAAUCCUUCAUGUGGUAUCUCAACCCACGGCAAGUUUUUGACCUCAGCCAGGGUGGACCCAAGGAGGCGCUGGAGCUGUACCGCAAGGUCCACAACCUCCGGAUCCUGGCGUGCGGGGGAGACGGCACAGUGGGCUGGAUACUCUCCAUUCUGGACCAGUUACGCCUCAACCCACCUCCUCCUGUGGCCAUCCUACCUUUGGGGACAGGGAAUGACUUGGCCAGGACGCUGAACUGGGGUGGGGGUUACACAGAUGAGCCUCUGUCCAAGAUCCUGUCGCACGUGGAAGAUGGGAACAUUGUGCAGCUCGAUCGCUGGAACCUCCAAGUGAAGCCAAACCCUGACGCGAACCCUGAGGAGAAGGAUGAGGCGGCCGCUGACAAGCUCCCCUUGGAUGUCUUUAAUAACUAUUUCAGCCUUGGCUUUGACGCACGGGUGACGCUGGAGUUCCAUGAAUCCCGAGAGGCCAACCCAGAGAAGUUCAACAGCCGGUUUCGGAAUAAAAUGUUCUAUGCUGGGACUGCUUUCUCCGACUUCCUCACAGGGAGCUCCAAAGACUUAGCGAAGCACGUCAAGUUGGUUUGCGAUGGGACAGACCUGACCUCUAAGAUCCAGGACCUGAAGCCCCAGUGCCUGGUCUUCCUGAACAUCCCCAGGUACUGUGCAGGCACCAUGCCCUGGGGCAACCCCGGGGAGCACCAUGACUUCGAGCCGCAGCGCCACGAUGAUGGCUGCAUUGAAGUUAUUGGCUUCACCAUGACAUCCCUGGCUGCCGUGCAGGUCGGUGGCCAUGGAGAACGGCUGUGCCAGUGCCGGCAGGUGGUUCUCACCACGUCCAAGGCCAUCCCCAUGCAGGUGGAUGGAGAGCCCUGCAAGCUGGCGGCUUCCUGCAUCCACAUCUCCCUGCGCAACCAAGCCAACAUGGUGCAGAAGACCAAGCGGCGCAACUCCAUGCCUCUGCUCAAUGACCAGCAGCCAGUGCCUGAGCGGCUGCGGAUCCGGGUGAGCCGAAUCAGCAUGCGUGACUAUGAGGCACUACACUAUGACAAGGAAAAGCUCAAGGAAGCCUCUGUGCCGCUGGGGAUCAUUGUGGUUCCAGGAGACAGCGACCUGGAGUUGUGUCGGACCCAAAUUGAGAGGCUGCAGGAGGAGGGAGAUGGAGCCAAACCGAAGACACUGUCAUCCCAGAAGCUGUCGCCCAAGUGGUGCUUCCUGGACUGUGAGUAUCAUCUUCCCCUGGGAGUGCUGACUGUGUCUGAAUUUGGAGGAGUGAGGGGACAGAUUCUUAGUGACAAGCCUCUGAGAGCCACAUGGGACUCGGGACCCAUGGGUGUUGGGGGCUUUAAGGCCGAGUGCAGCAGUUUUUUGCCCCAGGCUGUGUCUCUGGCUGCUGACCACAAGUGGAGCGAGGGGCAUCUGCUGGUCUCCUGCCCCCAGAGCUGA